AUGGCUACUAAUUUUUCUCGAUUAUCUCCAAUGCCAGCAUUACGAGACUUUAUUCAUAUGUAUAAACUACGUGCCAAAAAAAUACUCUCACAGAAUUAUUUAAUGGAUAUGAAUUUAACACGAAAGAUAGUACGUAGUGCUGGCAUACAAGAAGGUGAUUGUGUUGUGGAAAUAGGGCCAGGACCAGGUGGUAUAACACGUGCAGUAAUUGAAAUGAACUGCAAUCGUUUGGACGCAAUUGAAAUCGAUAAGAGAUUUCUGCCACCUCUGCAGCAUUUGACAGAAGCUAGCGGAACACGUUUGUUCGUUCAUCAUGCUGAUGCAUUAAAAACUGAUAUUGGCAAUAUCUGGAAGAAUAGUAACGAUUUAUCACUGGAUAUGAACAGAGCUGCGUGGAAUGAUGAAUGUCCUCGUUUACAUGUGAUUGGUAAUUUACCGUUUCAUAUUGCAUCACCUCUAAUUAUCAAAUAUUUACGUGAAAUGCAUAAUCGAACAAGCGCAUGGUCUUAUGGACGUGUACCGUUGACGUUAACAUUUCAAAUGGAAGUUGCACGUCGAAUAUGUGCACCGAUCGACUCGGACUAUCGAGCGCGCAUAUCGAUCAUGUCGAAUUUCGUUUCAGUACCAAGUAUACUUUUUCAAAUACCCGGGAAUUGUUUUGUUCCAAAACCAAAAGUAGACUUAGUUGAGAAAAUAUGCCGCCAUGUAUUUCAUUACCGCCAGAAGUAUGUAAUCAAGUGUUUACGUACCUUAUAUCCACCGACGUUAUCGGAUUCGCUAUCGCAUGAAUUAUUAUCAGAAUGUCGAAUCGCUCCGUCAACCAUCUCUAUCCAACUUGGCAUGGAGCAAUUCGCGGAUAUUUGUUAUGCGUACGAGGAACAGUGCAAACGAUAUCCCGGUUUAUUUCUUUAUGAUUAUACGAAACCGAAUCGAGAAUUGGAUCACUUAUCACGUCUUGCAAAUGCUUUACCCCCACUGUAUUCGUUUCGAGACAGUUUUCGAAGUGUUAAUAACGGUGUUUCGUUGUCAAAUUCUGAAAGCAUUUUUCACUGA